GCUCCCCUCGUCGGCGCCGUCGGCGGGGGAGGUGGAGGAUGCAGCUGCGGAUCUCGCCGAGCAUGCGCAGCAUCACCAUCUCCAGCAGCAAUGGCGUCGUCGACUCCAUGAAGGUGCGCGUCGCGCCGCAGCCGCCCCCGCCCCCGCCGCCGCUCGCGCUGCCGGGGGCGGCGGCCUCGGGACGGCGCGGCGGCGGGGGAGGGGGAGGAGGAGGAGGAGGGGGGACCGCCGCAUGGUACCUGCGCGCCGUCGCCUUCCCGGCCGUCGUCGCGCUCGGCUGCCUCCUGCCCUUCGCCUUCAUACUCCUCGCCGUGCCGGCGCUAGAGGCGGGCGGCAGCAAGUGCUCCUCCAUCGAUUGUUUGGGGAGGCGAAUAGGACCUAGUUUCCUUGGUAGGCAGGGGGGUGAUUCUACAAGGCUGGUGCAAGAUCUGUAUAGAAUUUUUGAUCAAGUUAACAAUGAGGAAUCCACUUCUGAUAAAAAGUUACCAGAAUCAUUCAGGGAGUUUCUUUUGGAGAUAAAAGAUAAUCAUUAUGAUGCUAGGACAUUUGCUGUCAGGCUGAAGGCUACGAUGAAAAGCAUGGAUAAGGAGAUAAAGAGGUCAAGGCUAGCAGAACAGCUGUAUAAGCAUUACGCCUCAACUGCUAUUCCCAAAGGCAUUCAUUGCCUGUCUCUGCGUCUUACUGAUGAAUACUCCUCAAAUGCUCAUGCAAGGAAACAGUUGCCACCACCUGAACUGUUACCUUUGCUUUCCGACAAUUCCUUCCAACAUUAUAUUCUAGCAAGUGAUAACAUCCUUGCUGCUUCAGUUGUUGUCAGUUCAACUGUACGGGCUUCCUCGGUACCUGAGAAAGUAGUCUUUCAUGUUAUCACCGAUAAAAAAACAUAUCCUGGGAUGCAUUCAUGGUUUGCUCUUAAUUCUGUAUCGCCUGCAAUAGUUGAAGUGAAAGGUGUUCACCAGUUUGACUGGUUGACCAGAGAAAAUGUCCCAGUCCUAGAGGCUAUAGAAAACCACCGUGGGGUCAGAAAUCACUAUCAUGGAGAUCACGGAACAGUUUCCAGUGCAAGUGACAAUCCAAGGGUGCUUGCUUCGAAGCUGCAGGCUCGGAGCCCCAAAUACAUAUCCCUGCUUAAUCACCUCCGCAUCUAUUUGCCCGAGCUCUUUCCAAGCCUCAACAAGGUGGUCUUCCUUGAUGAUGACAUUGUUGUUCAGCGUGAUUUGUCUCCUCUUUGGGAGAUUGAUCUUGAAGGGAAGGUGAAUGGUGCUGUGGAGACGUGCAGGGGUGAAGACAACUGGGUGAUGUCUAAGCGCUUCAGGACAUAUUUUAACUUCUCUCACCCUGUUAUAGAACGAAGUCUUGACCCAGAAGAAUGUGCAUGGGCAUAUGGGAUGAAUGUCUUUGAUCUGGAAGCUUGGAGGAAGACAAACAUUCGGGAUACAUACCAUUUCUGGUUGAAGGAGAAUCUAAAAUCCGGUCUUACUCUCUGGAAAUUCGGUACUUUGCCACCUGCACUUAUAGCAUUCAGGGGUCAUGUACAUGGUAUGGACCCAUCGUGGCACAUGCUUGGCUUGGGAUACCAAGAAAACACGGACAUUGAAAGUGUUAAGAAGGCUGCAGUGGUCCACUAUAAUGGUCAGUGCAAGCCAUGGCUAGACAUUGCUUUUAAAAACCUACAACCGUUUUGGACGAAGCAUGUAAAUUACUCGAAUGACUUCAUUAGAAACUGCCAUAUUUUGGAGCCCCAGUAUGACAGAUAGUGACUUUGGACAAAUGGUGUAGACACUGAUGGGCAUAGCGGCAUAGCUCUGCCAUUGCUCCCUGGAGAGGCCUAUUGCUGUUGGAUUGGAAUAUCAUUGGUGAAAGAGGAAGUCAGUCAUCACUAAACACACAUCUCUGACAUGUCCCUGCAUGCAAAGACCUCUGAUACUUUUCAUCUGUAUCAUAUGGGUACACGAUUCUUUUCAUCUGUAUCAUAUUGGUUCGUCAUUCUUUUGGAUAGUAUAACUGUGAAGGAUAGCUCGGUGAAGUCUCUUCCUCUGGGAUUGGGCUAAUCCUUCAUCGCAGAAUAAUGCAGCGGACAGGUUAAGCAAGUGGAACGUUUGGUUUAUCGUGGUGAAGAAAGGAGGCAGCUAAGGUCCUGGGACUUUAUAAUAUUUUUUUCCUCCAUUUAUUCUUUUUUUCCUUCUUGAUAUUCUUAAGCCCUUGAAAUUUUGUUCUGCUAGUUUUGUGACUGCCUUGGUAGGUUGGAGAAGGGUAGUAGAGAUGUCAUUGCUGUGAGUUACCUACAGGAUAUUUGUUACAAUUGACCAUAUUGGAAAUGUGCAGAUAAUUCUUUGAAA